CUUCCGGGUUAAGGUGACGUGACGUCAACAAACUUGACAUCAUCAACCAAGAAAUCAACUAGACUUCGUCGACAAAGAUGUCAUACGCAUAUUUAUUCAAGUAUAUUAUCAUUGGAGAUACAGGGGUUGGAAAAUCCUGUCUCCUCCUUCAGUUCACAGACAAGAGAUUCCAGCCUGUCCAUGAUCUGACUAUAGGUGUAGAAUUUGGAGCUCGUAUGAUCACAAUUGAUGGGAAACAAAUCAAACUGCAGAUUUGGGAUACGGCUGGACAGGAAUCGUUCAGGUCUAUUACCAGGUCUUACUACAGAGGAGCUGCUGGAGCCCUGCUGGUGUACGACAUCACCAGGAGAGACACAUUUAAUCAUUUAACGACUUGGUUGGAAGAUGCUCGGCAACAUUCCAACUCUAACAUGGUCAUCAUGUUGAUAGGGAACAAAAGUGAUUUAGAAGCAAGACGGGAUGUCAAAAAAGAGGAGGGUGAAGCCUUCGCCCGGGAGCAUGGACUGAUCUUUAUGGAGACUUCUGCUAAAACAGCGGCUAACGUAGAAGAGGCUUUCAUCAACACAGCAAAAGAGAUCUACCAGAAGAUACAAGAUGGUGUAUUUGAUAUAAAUAACGAGGCAAAUGGCAUUAAGAUCGGACCUCAGCACUCGCCUAGCAAUCCCAGCAUGCCCUCCUCAGGUGGUGGCGGCAGUCAGGGAGGCGGAUGUUGUUAACUGGCACCUUCAAUACGCCACUGGGAUACUUCAAAUCCAUCAAUGUUGUGAUGGGAACAUCAGCUACAGACAGCGACCACAGCCAUUUAAGGAUUUCAAACUUCUACCACAAAACCUUGUUAACUCUUUCAGGGCUGUUGACACUGUAUGGCAUCAACAAAACCAGCCGCUUGGUUCUCAGACUGCCCUAUAUCAUCAUUGAACCUGUAUGUGUCUACAAUCCUGGUGUUCAUCCUAACGUCAGCCACAGAAAGAGUUAAUCUGGACUUAUUGGGUUUUGGAGUAAAAAUCAAUGAUUUUCUUUUGUUCACAAUCAGUAAGAUGGUAUUUUUCCCUUUUGUAUUAUUUUUUUAAUUUGAUGUUGUGUGACUAUACAUACAAAUGAGGUUUCUUUGGAAUUUGGAGGUCCCACACAGUAACUAAAGGCCUGGUCCUCUGGAUCAGUGCCUUUCUUUACUGAGGGGUGUAUUAGAAAGGUCUUGUGGACAUUUUCUUUUCAUCCAAAGUUUGCAAAUCUACAGUACUUUUCAAACAAUGUUCUGGAAUUAGUCUGAUCUUAUGUGCAAUAGUUGAUUGGAAAGUCGAGUAGAGAUAAUGAACGGUGAAACAUUGGUAACUUUUAAUGUGACAUGUUACAGACAAUAAAAAAAAUAUACCAAAAAACCCUGAAGGCAAAAAAUAUUAAUUGAAAUUGGAUGUGUUGGGUUGCUUGUUUAUAUCGAGAUGUUCCCUGUGAAACUAGUAAGUUAUUAGGAACUUUUUGGAUUUUAUUUCCUAAAAAACCCUUGAAAGUAAUAACUGGAUGAGCAUGGCACAUAUGUUUGUUGAUUGAAAUUCUUCUGAUAUUUAACUUACAAGUGCUUAGUGAAAAGCAUUUUUACUCUUCAUUAUCAAUAUUUUUUUGUAUUUUUAUUAAAUGUCAUUACUAUUAUUUUCCUUAUUAACUUCAUAUAUUUGAGUUGAUUUGAGAAGUAUUUCAUUUCAUGAGAGUUACAACACAAGGGGAGACAACUCUUUUAUGCUACACACAAAUGUUAUUUAUCACAUUAAGUAUGUUGUUCUAGAAAGUUAUUUUAGAGAGACUAUUUAUGUUUACUAAUUAGCGGCUACUUUUGUUUACUCGUUUACCUAUAUAUUUGUUUGGUAAUGUUGUGUGAUGUAUGUAGUAUGGAGUUAGUUAAAAUGCAUUUUCGUAUGAAUUUAUGGUGGCAUUGUAUGAUCGGAGGUGUGAAAUGUCAUUUCGAUUUAAAUUUAUGAUGAAGGUUCUUAUUAUUCGCAGAUUUGUUGUAGAUAAUGCAAAUAUAGAAAUGGGAACUAUUAUUGUCAAGCUACUUUCCUGUGUAUGUACGGUCAUCAGUUGUUUUUGCUGACAGUUUCAGAUCUUGUCAAAUUCAGCCAUUCUAAUACAUUAGCAGCCUAAUGUAUUAGUCUAAUGUAUGCAGAAUCUUAUGAAAUUAUGAAAAUUACUUUUUUAUUUGACCACUUCAUUCUUGACCAAAGUGAUACUAGCACAUUGUAAUUUUAGACAGAAAUCACAUAAUUAUUAUAUUACAAGAAACUGCAUUGUUUUAUUUAAACAUUGGUGUCCCCACAAAGUAAUUUGAAAGAAGAAAUAAUCCAUGUUGGAAAUGGAAUAGGAAGAGUUGUAAAUAAAAAAUGUGAUAUUGGUUGUCAUCAUUAUAUAUUUAUACAUUCCAUAAUAUAAUAUCAACUAAACUAAACCAGUCUCUAAGGAGAUGGUUAUGACAGGAAACCAUGGAACUUCUGGUAUAACGUACUAUUUUAAAGGACACUGAUUUGAACAGUGACAUAUUUCUAUAGAAGUAUAACAGAAAAAAAAUGGUGAAGGGAACUAAGUAGUUAAUAUGAUAUGGGUUUUAUAUAAAGUACAUAAAAUAUUGCUUAACCAAAGAAAUAUAAUUCUUGUCCUCUUUGUACAGAAUGAUAACACUGAUGUAAGGAUCGUGACUUACAGAAUUUCAAGAGUUUCUUGGUUUUCAGUGUAGCUUUUUUUUUAAAUGUAAAAGGAAUUCCAUAUAUAGACUGAUUAAUCCAGUUGGAUUUGUAAACAGGCUGAACUAAGCUACACCAUUCAUUAUACACUAUCUCCUUACUGACAUCAAAAGUAGGAGAACCUUGACUGACGUUUUAACACUAUCAAUAACCAACCAUGUCAGAUUUACUGAACUGACACAUCCUGCUACAGCACCCACCAAUUUGAGCCCAUCCAUUUAGGUACAUCAGGUCCCAAACCCCACAACUUACUGCACAUCGACCCCAAUCUGUGGAACAUCAAGAAUUGUGACUGUUAAUUAUGUUACCUAACUGAAAUAUUGAGGAAUCUGGUUUACUGAGUACUUUCAAGUGGAUCAGAAAAGACCUUCAGUUUAUGUGUCUGUGAGUGCUAAUGCAAGCACACAAAACUAAUACUGAAGUUCUUGCUCUUGAAAACCAAAUUACCAUUAGGUGGCUUUAUAAAAAAAUGUUAUGAAGUAAAUUUUUAUGAUCAGAUGACUGAAUGUAGUAUCCUAAUCCUAUCAAAGCUGAUUGUAGUUUUCUACACUAUUAAAGCUGAUUGCAGUUUUCUACACUAUUAAAGCUGAAUUGGUAAUUCUGCAAUCGUAUUUGUAAUUGACAACUAUGGAUGUGUUUGCAGAAUGAUAUAUAAGGGUUAUUUUCAUGACGUAAAUUUUAAGUUCCGUUAUUACUGAUGUAUGUAAGCUGGUUUUAUGUAUGUAUGUAAGCUGGUUUAGUUAAAUAAAUGUUGGUCUUCUA